UUUACCUCCCUUGCUAAAAUUAGGAAAACGAUUAUUUUUUUCAAAUUGUAAAAUAUGGAACUGUUUAACUGAUGGAAAGACUGGUGAUGAGUAUGGUCUGCACAAAUAAGAUGUAAUGUAGAUAGAGGUGGAAAUAGAAGAAUACUAUACAUCACUGAUAAUCAGAUUAAGCAAAUCUUCCGAAGACCUACAUUUUAAAUGUCAAAAUGGCUUUUUUGUUGGAUAGCCAUCAAGAGGAAAUAGAAUAUGUCUACCCGUUCAUAUGUGGUUUUUGUGGGUAUGGUUCCAGUAGCAUUGAUGUAUUUCAUCAUCAUUUUGAGACUCACAGUGAAAACAUACCUAGUAGUGUUUUUCACCGAUGUGAACAGGAUGACACAGUUUAUAAUGACACUGAAUUGAGUCUAAAUAUAGGCUCAUACUGUUGUAAAACUUGCAAUCACGCCUUCCCAACUGUAUGCUUUCUUCUAAAACAUCUGGAAGAUGAUUCAAAUACAGAUAAAUAUAUCAUGGAUCUUCAAACUAAAACUGCGUAUCCUCUAACAAGCCUUUGUACAUCAGUCCUAUCACACUCAUUUGACGAUGAAAACAGUUCAUAUUUUGCCAGCAAGAAAAGUUUAUCAGGUAAAUGGUCAUCAAGUCCUAAAAUGUCAAAAAAUCAUGUACCAAACAGAAAUGGGGCGAAUACAAAAUCUCCAAGCAGAGGGGGAAAAUGUGGACCAAAGCAAACAUCAGAAAACGGACUAGAAAUACACUCAAUGGAUGAAAUACUUCAACAAGUGGAGAACCAGCAGAGAGCUGCUAUCAACAGUAAUAUGGGGCAGGGGUAUGGUGGUGUUGCUCAAAGUUAUGAUGAUAAUGAUAAUGAUGAUGGUGAUACAAGUGUGGUUUCUCUUAUACCAGAGACCAUUCUAACAAAGCCCUCUAUAAAAAGAAAAAAGACUUCCGGUGCUAAAACCCCAAAAAGGAGUAAACGUGGCGAAUGGUUUAGUUGUAAGUUUUGUAGAAUGUCGUUUAGGUAUGAGCAUAAGAAAAUAGAUCAUGAGAAAGAGCAUGAUACUGUUGAAGGUAAUCAUAAGUAUACACCUGACAAACUGUGUACAUGUGAGCUGUGUGGCUGUGUGAUGUUGAAGUUAAAGGUCCACCUGCAUAUUUGUCCACUCAAAGAUAGGCACAGAAGACCACGUGCUAAAAGUGGGGAGCCGAAGAAAGAUAAAGAUCAGACACUAGUAUCUUGUCCUUACUGUAGCCGGGUUCUGAAAAAAUACAUGCUAUCUCAUCAUGUGAGGGAAACACAUAUGGAACAUGAACCAGUUACAUGUGACACCUGUGGAAAAGUCUUUAAACAUAAGUAUGCUUUAAGCAAACAUCAGAUUGUACAUAGAGCAAGGUCAAGAUUUAUAUGCAGCAAGUGUGGUAAAGGUAUGCAAACUGGGACCAAGUUGAGGAUACAUAUGUUGUCACAUGAUGAUGUUCGUACUUUCCAAUGUGAUCUGUGUCCAGCAAAAUACAAAUUUCCCAAAAAUCUGAAGUAUCAUAAAGAAAGAAUACAUGCUGGCAAGAAGGAAAUGUUCCAGUGUGAUAAAUGUCCGAAACGUUACAGUCACAGGGAUAGUUUGAUGCAUCAUUUAAAACACGGUCAUGAUCUGUGGGCAAACCCGGAGCAAGAAAAAAUUUCCAAAGAAAAAGUAGCUGAAAAGGCUGCAAAGAGAAAUAAAACUCCAAACAGACCAGAAAGUUACACUUGUGUUAUAUGUAAUGAAGUAGAGAAAACCCGAGGUGGACUGAGUGAACAUAUGAAAAUACAUAAAAAGGAGAACACCGAGGAUCCAUUACCGUAUCUCUGUAAUGAAUGCCCUCUCAAAUAUUCCACUAUUGAUGGAUUGAGGAGACAUAAACGAAAUAAACAUGGACCUCAAGCGGGUACUCUUCAUUUCUGUGAACUAUGUAGCAGAUCAUUCACUAAUCCGGACUCACUGAGAAUGCACAAUAUAAGAAAUCACAAGCCAGGAAGUAAAACACUCAUUUGUGGUUGGGAAGGAUGUAAACGCAGAUUUUCUGAUGAGACAAAAUUGGAAAACCAUCGUAAAACACACAGUGGUGGCAAGGUCUAUCAGUGUGAGAAGUGCAGUAAGACGUUUACAUCACUGAGUGGUUUCUCUUAUCACUGGCGCAGUCAACAUCCAAAAGUAUAUAAACUUCCAGAAUGCCCAAAGGAGCAAGAAGAAGUUGGACCUGCAAAUGCAGAUGACCAAUUGCCAACUGCUAAUCAGAGUGACAUUGUUCAACAUGCUGGUGAUAUACAACAACACCUGGAAGAUCAUUCAUAUAUGAACACAGAAACAUACAUUGCAUGUAGAACUGAGGAUUUUGAUAGUUCACUAACAAAUGCUGGAGAGAUCAGAUCUUACCGGUGUAAUAGCUGUAAUAUAACCUUUGUGACAAGAGACAGUAUUAAGCAACAUUUAGCAGAUGUUCACAAUAUACAACUUAAUGUUGAAGAUGUCACUAAAACUGCCAAUUCUCCCAUGGUGGUUGAUGUCAAUAAAACUGAAGACACUAAUAGCACUGUAAACAUUAAAAGAAGCAUUGAAGAUAGUGUAAAUGACACUAAUCAAACUAUAGCUGUGAUGAAUGUAGAUACAUGUAAUAAGAGUAGUGGUAAAGAUGCAGGUAUAACUAAAAAGGUGUCCAAACCAAAGGUUAUUCGUUUGAGUAAAGUGAUUGGUCAAGAUGAGUUGGAUAAAACUCCUGAUACAAAGAAGACUGAGGAAAAUGUUAUACAUCUUACUUUUGAUCAGAAUCAAAUGAUCACCAAGCAAAAUGAAGUGAAUUUAGGGCAAAAUAAUGUCAGCAAAGAUCAGGCAAGCAAAGGUGCGGAACUGAAAAAUGUUAACAAAGUGAAUGCUCUACAUAAAGGGAAAGUUUUGAAAACUUUGAUAAUGAAGAAUGUUGAAGGGAGGGAUUAUAAAGAGUUAUUUGAUCCUGAUGUAGGGGGAAGUAACUCUAGUGUUAAAUCCAUGACAUUAUAUCUAUCUUCUGACAAUAAACAAUCAUCUGAACAACCAGUAAAACGACCAGUUAAAAUAAUACUGAAGAAGGUCUAGUUCGUCCUACUAGUCAUUUAUGUGCUUGAUGUCAAUGGAUUAAUGUGAUUUCAUUUACAUGAUAUUUUCAGCUCAAUAUGUGAAUUUCACUUAUUUCAGGUAUAGUUUUCUUUUGACAAAACUUCAUAGGAAAGAUUCUGAUAACAGAUUAUAUAGAUGGUUUCAGUUAGUGUUAGGUAUUAGUAGGUCACAAAAGCUAAACAGUAAAAUGCAAAAAUGUAAUAUUCAAGAAAUUUAUGCUCAGAAACUGCGCUGUCCAGUGCUAAGAUAUUUGGCAUAAAGUAUCACCUAAUGGUCCUGUAUGAAAGUUAUAUAAAUCAUAUGACCCAGGGGUCAAAUUGAAGCAACACCCUGUAAAAUAUAUAAAGGAUAUACUGGAGUCAGCGUGAUUGCUGGGCUAGUUUGUCUGAUAUCAGCUUGUCUAUUCAUAGAUAUAAAUUGUUGUAUUAAAAAAAGUGUAUUGCUUAAGAACAAUCAUUUUCUUUUACAGAACUUUUCCUUUGUAAUUUUUCAUAUUUCAUUUUUGUCCAGAAUAUUAUGAAUUUAUGAUACAUCAAAAUGUAAGUUCAUUAUUCCAGACUGACAAAAUGGUGUGCAGGGGCAUCUUGGCCAGGACACUGACAGUCUUAGUUAAAUUUUUAUUUCCAUACUUGCAUUGAUAGAUAAAUUUUGUUUGAAGAAUAAAUUGUUUGAAGAAUUAA